UGUUUUCCAUAUCUAUCAUACUAUAUACCAUAUUUCAGAUAAUCAAACAAAUUUCCAUGUUAGACAAAUUCAAACUGCAGUUUUUAAUUGAAGAUUUCAUUUAUUACAGAAAAAAGCCAUCCAUAGCUACAUGGGUGUAUGUGAAAACUAACUGAUUAUUAAAUCAUGAAUUAACUGCAAUUAACCACAUUUUUUAGAAAGCUGAGUUCAGUUAUAAUAGCCACCCCCAGACCUGAUUACUGUCAGACCUGCUGAAUCCAGAAAUGAUUUAAACAGAUCCUGUCUGUCAAAGUGAAGUUUAAAAAUCUCAAAGAGCAAGACAACUUGCUGCGACCUUAAGAAAAUGAUGAGAAACAAACUCACUGACAUCAAUCGGUUUGGAAAGGGUUUCAAAGGCAUUUUUAAGGCUUUGGGACUCCAGCAAACUACGGUUUGGAGCUAUUAUCCACAAAUCAAGAAAACCUGGAACAGUAGUGAAACUCUACUAAAAUUACUCCCAGAGUGCACGGACGAGUCAUCCAGAAGGUCACAAAAGAACCCAGAACGGCAUCUAAGGAACUGCAGAUCACAUUUGCCUCAGUUAAGGUCAGAGUUCAUGAUUCAGCAACAAGAAAGAGACUGAACAAAAAUGGCAUCCAGAGCAGGGUGAAAACCACCGCUGACCAAAAAGAACACGAAUGCUUGUCUCAUAUUUGCCCAAAAAAUAUCUUGAUGAUCCCCCAGACUUGUGAAAUCACCAUUUAAAAACUGCAUUUUGUAUCGGCUUGUCUUUUUAAUAUUAAAGUCUGAAAAAUGUAAGUGUGAGAAAUAUGCAAGAACUAGAUUGCAUUUCUCCUUUGAGGAUCAUCAUCAUGGUUUAUAGUAAGGUAAGGUCUCCUAUAGGUGCAUAGGACUUACUCUUAAAAUUUCCACUGUCUCUUCGGUUUGCCUAAUCAAGUAGAACAUCAUUGGUUAAAUCUUUUCCCUGUUUUUGGCUGAUGGACAAUUUAUAUUACAACCAGUUUCCCACCAGAUUUAUUCAGGGCAUAAAGGAAACUUAUUCACAGGGAAUUAGUUCUUCAUCCAGAGUAAUGUUAUGUUAUUAUUGACUAAAUUGUAAUUUGGCUUGUAACUUUGCUUAGGUGGGAGUUGUUUAAGAUUUUUGUUCUAUUGUCACAAUUCUUUUAAACUGUCAGCUUUUUUGUCAUCAAAUACUUUAUAAAGAAAGUAAAUAACACUAAGUGAAAGUCACAUCAUGUUUCCAUGGUGACAAAUGACUUCCAGUUCAUGGAAUUUACCAAACACAAUUAAAGAACAGAGAUACAUGAGGUACAUCUGUCACCUAAACAAGAAAUAUUGUUGCUCUUUAACAGCAAAGAAUAACUUUAACUUACAACAUUAAAAUAAGUAUGGAAAUGUGGGUUAAAAGUCAAAUUGCACACUUGCAAACAUCUAUGUGGCAAAGUGGAUGAGCAGUUGGACUCUUCAGUUGUCUCAUACUGUAAGUAUGAAUGUUUUACACAUUAAGCACAUUAUUCUCUACAUAUGUUUAUUUGCUCUGAUUUGCUAUUGGCAAAGUAACAUUGCUUUACUUAUUAUACCUAGGUUUGUUUGUGUAACCAUUAUGUUGCAGUCAAACUCAAACAUUCAGCAGAUUAAAGCAAACAGUUAAUCACAUGUUGCGUUAUAUUUUAUUAUGUCGCAGAUUUAACUCAUUUAUAUUCUUCCAUUGUUUCUUUGUUCUGAGUAUCCAUGUAGGUCAGGUGUGGGAAAGCUCCCCCCAAAUCCCUCCAGCAUUUCCUGACUUUUAAAGUGCUGAUGAUGUCAUGUCUGACAUCACCAGGUUAAUCCAUCAAGAGGGGAGUUUUUCUGCACAGGCAUUUUCCUUUUGUUAGUUUAUAAGAUUAUGAAGUGAUUUGUCCUAAUAGUUUUCUUAUAUGGAGCAUUUAGCUGUGUAAAUGAGUUAAUCAGGAGAGGAGUGAGCUUCAUGUGAUUCUCAGCCAUUUGUGUUGAGUUGUCGAUUUCUCACCUUAAACUAGUGGUACUGGCUACACUAACAGAAGGGGAAUUGACAGGUGAGGUGUGUUGCUUAUUCCGUGUGCUCUUUGUUUCCUGUUAUGAGUUUUGUUUUAAGUUUCACAAAUAUUGGGGGUGAUUGUAAAAAAAACAAAACAAAAAACUGCUCAUCUCUGGGAACCCAAAAUGCCUUCUGAGUCUGGUUACCUACCGCCUUCCUUGACACUCUUUCACAAGCAAAAUAUUUCCCUCAAGAAGAGGAGAAGGUGAAGAACAAAACAAAGCAUAAAUACCUGACUCUAUCAGAAUACCAUAAACACGACUGCACGUGAAUACAAACGUUAUUCCACAUCUGCUGAAGGGGUGGAUGGACAAAUGCUGGCUGGCACACGGGCCCAGCAGGCCUUUAGGACUGAGCCCAAGAAUCUAACUGUGCGGAUGGGAGCCACAGCUGUGUUGAGGUGUGAGGUGUUGCGAGCCUCGGGGACUGUGCAGUGGGCCAAAGAUGGCUUCCUCCUGGGACCUGAGAGAAGCCUGCCAGGCUUUCCACGCUACAGCAUGAUUGGAAACCCCGAGAGAGGCCAGUAUCAUCUUCAGAUUGAAGAUGCUCAACUGGAAGAUGACACUCAAUAUGAAUGUCAAGUGACCUCAUCUGAGUCCAGCAGUGGAAUCAUUUCCAGGCUGGCCUGGCUCGACGUACGAAUCCCUCCGUCCAAGCCGUACUUUGACAUGGACAUGUCAACACCUUGGGAAGCCGGGAAGAAGUACACCGUCACCUGCGUUGCCCCUGAUGCAAAGCCUUUGGCAGAAAUCACACUUUAUAAAGAUGGAGUUGAGCUGACAGGUGCAGAGUCUUUCUCCACGUCUGGCUCAAAGGAUAAGCUUCUGAACGCGCAUGCUGAAGUAACGGUCACUGCUCUGAGUUCUGACAAUGGGAGGGAGUUGGCCUGUCACGCCAUGAACCCCACCCUCCUCAAGCCUGUGGAGACCACAAUGGCUAUGAAUGUGUACUUCGCACCUCAGCCUCCAGUUAUUCUGGGUCUGGAGAGGAACGAAGUCAAAGCAGAGAGAACGCUUGUGUUGGAGUGUGUGUCAUAUGGUGGAAACCCCCUUGCCACUCUCCACUGGACCAAGAACGGAGAAGUUCUGUCUAUGACUUGGGAGGAGGACGUUGUUGCUCAGAAGUCCAGCAGCAUACUCAAACUGAAGAUCACCCCCGCUGACAACCAGGCAGAGCUGUGCUGUGAAAGCUCCAAUCUGGUGUCCCGAUCUCCUCUUUCUGUCAGCCGCAAAAUAACAGUUCUCUUUGAGCCUGCUGAGCUGACGCUGUCGGGUUCGUUAACAGCAAUUGAGGGGCAAGAGUUGAAUCUCAGCUGCUACACCACCUCCAGCAAUCCCCCCGUCGACAUCCGCUGGUGGCUGGGCUACAAGGAGCUCAACAACACUUCUGUUGCUAUGGAGGAGGGAGACAACGGUGGGAUGACAAUCAUGUCCAACAUGACCCACCGGGUCUCCAGGGAGGAGCACGGGAUGAAGCUCACCUGUGAGGCUUUUAACAAGGGAACACAUUUCUCCAAAACCCAGAGCGAGGAACUCAGUGUCUACUACCCCCCUCAAAAAGUCUGGAUCAAUGCUCCACCUGAAGAUGUCCCCUUACGUUCUGGAAGCACGGUCCAUAUGGUCUGUUUUGCCACUGGGGGAAAUCCGAAAGCAACUUUGGCUUGGUUCAAGGAUGGAACGGCAGUGACUGGUGCACUGCAGCAGACCUCGUUUGAUAUGGGUGUAGCUCGAGAACUGGUCGUGGUCCUGACAGCAAGUGACAACAUGGCCAGCUACCGCUGUGACGCCACGAAUAAAGCAAAGAAAACCAUCUCUGCAUACACCAAGCUCAGGGUUUACUUUACACCAGUAAGUAUGAAGAUCGCAGCCCAACAAGAGGUACUUCGUCAGGGUGAGGCGCUAAUCCUGGAGUGCCAGGCUGGAAGCAGCAGUCCGAUGGCAAACAUCUCCUGGAUCUUGGGCCCAUUAAGGUUGCAGGGAGUCGAGGAGGAACCCAGGGAUGCUGAGUUUGGUGGCAUUUCAGUGCACAGUUCUCUGUCUCUGAAUCUGACUUCACAGCAUCACAACCAGAAGGUCAUCUGCCAGGCCUACAGCCAUGUUUUGGCAGAGGGGACCAACACGUACUAUAAGCUCAAUGUGCUUUACCCACCAGAAUUCAGCCCAGACCAACCAACAGAGGUGCAGGUGCUUGAGGAUGACAUGGCAGUCAUCCCACUGCUGGUCUCAGCUAACCCAGAGGAGGUCUCCUGCAUUUGGCUGCACCGCAGGGAGAAGCUGGUCAAAGAGGAAGAUUACCGCUAUCACUGGUUAGAUGACCACUCACUGGAGAUCAGGAAUGUGUCAAGGAACGAUGCCGGAGGUUACGCCGUCAAGUGUGAAAACGAUGAAGGCGCAAACGAAAUCUCCAUCACGCUGGACGUUCAGUAUGCUCCAAGUGUCAAAGCAGAGAAAGAGCCGGUGUUCGUGAACCUGGGGGAAACAGCAGAUCUGAUAUGUGUGGCAGAUGCAAACCCGAUUAUAGCUGGCAUGUUCUCUUGGAAAUGGCUGGGAGAGGAGGAGGUGGAGAUGGGUGAGGAAACCCAGGAAGACGAAUCAGGCCUUCUGACCAUCUAUAAUGUGACUCGGGCUCACGCUGGUAGUUACGAGUGCCUAGCCAAUAAUGGCAUAGAACCCCCUGCCAGUGCACAUAUACGGUUGGUUGUGCAAUUUAAACCAGAGCUUCGUAAAGGUCCCCAAUGGAGAAAGGUAGCAAGCAGAGGGGAUGGCACUAGCACAGCUGAAAUUGUGUGCCAGGCAGAGGGCGUUCCUCGUGUCGACUUCUCUUGGGAAAAAAGUGGUGUACUCAUGGAUUUUGAAAAUCCCAGGUAUGAGGAGAUGAUAAUGAGGGAAGGCUCCUUUCACACCAGCACAGUUCGAGUGGUAAACGUGAGCGCAGUUUUGGACUACGCUGUCUUUAGCUGCACUGCACGCAACUCGCUUGGGGAAGACAAGCUAGACAUCCAGCUCAUCAGCACAAAUCACCCAGAUCCCCCUUCAUCGUUUCGCCAAGUCAGUGUUGGCCAUGACUCUGUCACUCUUGAAUGGAUACCCGGCUUCAAUGGUGGUUUGCAACAGAGAUUCCGCAUCAGGUACUGUUGGGAUCAGUCUGUCAGUUUCCUGUAUGUGGAUGUCUUCCCUCCCAGUGAGACAACCUUUACUGUUACUGGUCUGCAGCCUGUCACCACUUACAACUUCUCUGUCAAUGCCCUUAAUGCAAUAGGAGAGAGCGAAUAUGCUGACAACAAUGCAGUACUGACCAUCACCACUAAGGAGAGGCCAGAUUCAGAUGAGGACCCAUCAGAUAUAGACCCAGCCUCACAGGGUGGAAGUGGACUGCCAGUCUAUUUGACUGUGGUGUUGACAGCAGUAUUAGGAGGCCUGCUGGUGUUUAAUUUGAUUGGUUGCUUCUUUGGACUAAGGUGGAAAAAGAGGCAAGGUCAGACAGCAGCGGGCAGCAGGGACAGUGUGUUGGAUGGAAAGAAGAAAGAAGAUGAGGGGUCAAGUCAAUCAACUGCGGGAAACUCCAACAAGUACGAGAGCAGAGAGAUGAUCAACGCGGCAGCCCAGCGCACGCUGCUCGUUGACUCUGGAUCAGAAGCGGACAGCAACGUGUACGAGAGCUAUGCGGAGGAAUGUUCCCAUUAUUAUUAUCCCACUGGUGUCUACACGCCACAUCUCAGCCCCCCCCCUGAGGAAACACGUGGACUUGAUGUCAUCCGUCGCCCCGUCGACCAUUUGUAUGAAGAUGUGGGUAUGUACCAGGACACAGCGGCUCCCUCUCGUCCUGCCCCUUCAGUUGUGUUUGAACACAAACUGAGUCAACAAAGGAACGAAUGGAGAUUGCCAACCCGCCCUCGGGGUGCUGAGAGAACGAGGCAGUUCAUGGCUGUUCACCAACCGCAGAGAGAUUCUGAUCUUCCCUUUGAGCUACGAGGAGAGUUAGUUUAGUAGUCGAACAAAUUCUAUACGGUACGGCUUGUGAGUCGACCGUAUCCAUUCAAUAGAGUAUUGUAAAACAGAUAUUCACCACUGUGUUUUUCUGUUAUCAUCAUUCUCUUUGAAUUGUAUCUCACCAAUCACCUUGAAUGAAAAGGCAAAAACCGAGAUGUGGCAUAAUGCAAAAUUUCAAUUUUCAAGUGUUUUGACUUUUUUUUGUAUAUUCUGAUCAUUUGAAAUUUUCCUCAAAAGAUUGGUUUGACCUAAUGUACUGACUGUUACAAAAAGCUGAACAAGCUUAAAGGAAGCUGGAAGAAAGGGAAUGAAUAGGUUGAGGGGGGGGGAAGUACAAGAGCCUCAAGACCCACAUGCAAUCAAGGAUGUCAAACCGAUGCUAUUGUACAAGCUUUUUCUAUUAAUAAAAUUCUUCAU